CGCGACAGCGGCGGCGAUGGGCGGGAGGUUGGCGCGUGUAUUCCGGACAUUCAAUGUGGAGAGCCGGGCCCGCCGCGAGAUCAGCAAGGAGAAGCCCACCCCAGCGCCGCGCCACCCCACCAGCCGCUUAGACGAGCUGACCGACCGCCCUGAGAUACAGCAAGAAAUUUCCAGGAAGGACGACAGGCUCCUCACCUUGUUAAAAGAUGUUUAUGUGGAGUCCAGAGACCCCCCGGCACAGGUAAAAGAUGGAGGAGGUGAACAUCUUCCGCGUAAACAGGUGGAAAAGAGAUUGACAAAACUAGGUCACUUGGAAGAGCUAGAUAUUAAGAAAGUUCCCAAAGGCAAAAUUUCUAUUGUGGAGGCUUUGAUGCUUCUUAAUAAUCAUAGACUUCAUCCUCACAUAUGGACUGCAGAGAAAAUAGCAGCAGAAUACAGUCUGGAACUGAAUGAAGUCAACUCUCUUCUGGAAUUCUUCAUUCCUUUUUCCCUUCAAGAGUUUCCUAAAGAAACAAGAAAAGCUAUAAAACCAACAUAAGAAUAUUUACAAAAAACUUGUGUGAUCUUGUUUGUGUCUUAAUUAUACUCCUGAAUAUAUUCAGUGUCUGAAAAGUGCUGGUAAUGUGUUAUUCAGCAAGGUUGCUGUCUUGUACCAAAAAGAUGUAUUCAGGCAAUUCCAUUCAGUAUUUGAUAGCUUCAGUUAAAUCUGGUAAUUACAGGACAGAGUUUGUAAAACAGAUUUUAACAACUGAGUUGUAUGAGAGCCUGUCACAGGAUUCUGAUUGUUGCAUUCACGUUUUUUUCAUUCAGUUAAAAUACUCAAGUUCUAUUUAGAAAUUUAACUUAAACAAACAAACAAAAAAACCCCAAACAGGUUGUCUUUCUUAACAGAGACUUCCUGGCCUCCAGCAAAAUCAGUGCUCUGUGUGUAUUAGCUUUGUAAUUCAUGUUGCAAGGACUUGCUCUCAAGGUGUGUGUAUGUUAAAGCAGCUGUAUUUCUACUGUAUAAAAGUUUAAUACUUAUGCUUUAUAAAGAGCGUUAGCCAUAAGAAGAUGUAGGAUGCUCAGCUGUGUCAAAAUACAAAGGUGAAUAGCAGGAAGGCUUCUUCCUGAUGACUAAUGUGUGACCGCUCUUCUACUCCAUUCUGAUUUUGCUGAAUUAUCUGUAGCUCCCCAGGUUCUCUUCAUCAGUCGCUGAAUUUGUAGAGUAGAAAUCUAGUACGGCAGUCUUUUGCAGCAGCCUGUGGCACUUGCUGUAUGGGAAGUAAUGGUUCACGUAGUAGGUAGCUGUUAAAUGCAACUGUAUCUACUGAUUGGACCCAUUAGUAGAUCUUUUGUGAACGUCUACCUGUGCUGUUGUAAUAAGCCUUUUUCCCCCACGGAGGCCUUCUCUGAUUCAUCCAAGUACAAGCUUAGAUCAGCCUGUUCACUGAUAAACAAGUUUUCCUCAGGCUACCACACUCAAGAUAGACAGCAUCCUUUAGUUUUUAGUAAAGAAAGUUAAACUGAGGAGAUAACUGUAGCAUUGAUACUCUGGGUCUGUGUAGAUAAGGAAGAAGUUUAGUGUUGCUGGCAAGUACUGAUUAAUGAAAACUGGUUCAUGUUCUCCAGCUGACUUAGAAAAGAAAGCAGAGUUUAUGUUUAAAAUUACAGUAUGAUUGGUUUCAUUUAAAAAAUAAUAGUGUUGAAAUGUUUACACUGCAACGUGAAUGUUUCUAAUGCCCAUCAUCAAAAAAAGGUAAAUGUAACUGCCUUUUUAAUGACUUCUUUGUUAGGUCUUAGGAUUCUGAUUAUGGUAAAUAUUUUACCAAGAACAACAUCAGCUUUGCUAUUUCAUAGCAAGAUUCUUACCGCUUCUCUGAGGUGAAACAAAGUGUUUAAUUAUAGUUUGCCACAGUGUAUUCAAGGAUUUUUUUAAAGUAUGUAUCAUUAUAGACUAGUGAAAGAUUGUGUAAAAAUUCUGAUUGGUCUUGGAUGUGGGUAACCUGUAACUUCAUGGGGACAGACCUGAACUGAAAAUAACAAAUAAUAAUUCUGAGCUGUGAGCCACGUUAUAAUUUACUUGUUUUCCACAAAAUACCCUUCUAUGCUGUAACAGAAACACUGUAUUUUUUCAGUACUGUUCAUCCUAGUGUAAUAUUUAAGGUGGAAUUCAGUUGUGGAAUACAUUUGGUACAGAUACUUUAUUUUUGUAGGAUACUCUGUGAUUUCCUCAUUUGUAAAUGGAUCUUCAGUUAUGCAUUGGAGUUAAUUAAAAACUUGCUUUACAAUCAGCAUUA